AUGUAUAGAUUUGAUAAAUCCACACAAUCUCUAAACUAUUUGUCAGGUGAUAUAGAGGAUCUGAGGAUCGUGCUCCUGGGGGUCUCUGGAGCUGGAAAGAGUGCAACAGGAAAUGCAAUACUGGGUCGAGAGGCGUUUAAAGAAAGCAGAACCAGAGAGAGUGCGAUGCAGACAGAAAGAGUAGAAGACAGAAACAUUUGCAUCAUCGACACUCCAGGGUUCUUCAACACUCAACUGACUGAUGAAGAGAUGAAGAAACAGAUGACAAAGUGUCUGUAUCUCUCUCAUCCUGGUCCUCAUGUGUUCCUGCUCGUCAUCAACCUGGAGACCUUCAGAGAAGAGCAGAGGAAUUUUGUGGAGCAAAUUCAGGAGAACUUUGGAGCUCAAGCUUUUAAGUUCACAAUGGUGCUUUUUAUUGGGAGAGAAAAAGUCUCCAGACGUGUAUUGAAUCAAAUCCAAGAGAGUGAAGAAACUCAGAAAAUACUUAACUAUUUCAAAGGAAGAUUUUAUGUGAUAAACAGCAAAAAUGAAUGUGAUCCCAGCCAGAUCACAAGGCUCUUGAAAGUAAUUGAUGAAAUUGUGAAGAACAAUGGAGGACAAAACUACAGCAAUGAGAUCAACCUGAAGAAUCAAAGAAAACUCAGAGAGCAGACAGACACACUGAAACAGGAAGAAAAGAUAAUGAAAACAGUUGAGGAGAAGAAAAGGCAUGAAGACACUGACACUCAAGAGCAGAAGAGAGAGAUUAAUACAGAAGAGUACAUUAAAACCAAAAGCAAAGAAGAAAAAAUGACAGAAGGCAAUGAGAUGAAACAGGAAAACAUAACAGGUCUGAGGAUUGUUCUGGUGGGUAAAAGUGGAGUGGGAAAGACUGCAACAGCAAACACCAUCCUGGGUAGAAAUGUGUUCAGAGUUAAUUGGACCUGCACCUGUGAGAAACAAGAAUCAGUGGUGUCCGGAAAAAACAUCUCAAUCAUUGACACUCCAGGACUGUUAGAUGUCAGGUUGCACAAGCAAUUUCUGCAUGAACUCAAGCGUGAUAUUGAGAAAUAUUUAAAUAUGUCUGCUCCUGGUCCUCGUGUGUUUCUGCUGGUCAUCAGACUGAAUGAGAGAGUCACAGAGGAGGAAAAUAAUACAGUGAGAUGGAUUCAGGAGAAUUUUGGAGAAAACGGAGUACAUCACACUUUUGUUCUGUUCACUCAUGUGGAUUUGCUGAAGGAUGAAUCACUGGAUCAGUAUAUCAGAAAAAGACCUGAUCUACAGUCACUGAUUGACAGCUGCGGUGGCAGAUUUCACUCAUUCAACAAUCAAGACAGAAACAACCAAAAUCAGGUCACAGAACUGCUGGAGAAGAUCGAACAACUGAUUAAAGACGAUGGAGGAAAACAAGAGGCCACAGACAGACAGAGGGGUUUACGUGACCUGCGUAGAGAAACAGAUCAUCUCAUGCGACUUAUGAUAGGUCUUGAGUUAAGUGAGAUGUCUCUGAGAUUAUCAUUAGCAAGAGCGAUGGCAUACAGCAAUCUGUCAAAACAAGAUCUGAGGAUUGUGCUGCUGGGUUUAUUUGCAUCAGGAAAGAGUUCAACAGGAAACACCAUCCUGGGCAAAAAUGCAUUCAGAGCGGCUGUAAUGACAACCACUAGGAGUGAGAUACAAGCAGCAAAGGUGCAUGGAAGAACCAUCUCAAUAAUAGACACUCCAGGACUGAUAGAUCACUUGUCUGUAGAUCAUCGACAGUCUGAAAUUGAGAAAAGCUUAGAAAUGUCUGCUCCUGGUCCUCAUGUGUUUCUGCUGGUGAUUAACCUGUUUGGAUUCACAGAGGAAAAUAGGAACGCAGUGAAAUGGUUUCAGGAGAACAUUGAAAAAGAUGUUUUAAAUCACACAAUUGUUCUUUUCACCCAUGCAGACUUUAUGAAUGUGCUGAUGGAUGAAUCUCUGAAUGAAUAUUUCAAGAAAAACAAUGAUCUGAAAUCACUGAUUGACAGCUGUGGUGGCAGAUAUCACUCAUUUGACAAUCAGGCCAUCCGAAACCCCUCUCAAGUCAUAGAACUGCUAAUGAAGAUUGACAAAAUGAUGGAGAGAAAUGGAAGUGUUCACUACACCAAGCAUAACAUCUUUAAAAGAGCUCAGAAAACAAAACAGUCAAUUGCAAAAAAACAAGAUUCAGGUGAUUGUGAAAUCCUGUAGACCUGUAGUAUUUCCUCAAGUGGGGAUGUCUGUUGUCUGAAUGUCGGUGUUAGGAUACUUAUGUAUGUAAUAUAAUGAUGUUAUAUAUAAUCAUGGGAAUUAAUGAAUUAAGGGAGAAUACCUUACUUGGCUAUACUGUGGUCACAAGCACUCCACAGUUGGACUUUACUUACUGAAUUUUGUUGUUCUUUUGUGUUUUGUCCUCAGUUCUUUUAUUUUGAGAUUUGUUUUAUUGACAUUGUCCUCAUGUAAUAUUGCAUUGACUUUUGAACAGAAUGGAGAUGUGUGAAUUUUUCUUAUUUUGCCUAAAUAGCAUAUUUUUUUUUUCAUUUAGUACUGCCCUUCAGAGGCUACAGAAGAUACAAACAUGUUUCCCAGAAGACAAAAUAAUUUAAAUUUACCCUGAUCUUCAACUUCAAAAAGUGUUCACCCCCUUAAUGUUUUUUUUUUUUUUUCUUCUGGAGCAUCAGUGAGCGUUUGAACCUUCUGUAAUAGUUGCGUGUGAGUCCCUCAGUUGUCCUCAGUGUGAAAAGAUGGAUCUCAAAAUCAUACAGUCAUAGUUGGAAAGGGUUUAAAUAAACAAAAACGCUGGAAAACCAAAUAAUUUGUGGGACCUGAAGGAUUUUUCUGAAGAACAGCAGGUAGCUUAACUGUUCAGGACAAACUGUUCAAACAAGGGACUAUCACUAAUAAAAAAAAUAAAAUAAAAAAAAGCUGUGGAUCAUUCAGGCAUCAACACAGGUUUAAGAAUCUUUGUAAACUUUUGAACGGGGUUAUUCUUUUAUAAAUGCAAUUAUUAUUUUCUCUUGUGGACUAUAUGUAAACAUUUUUUAUGUGAAAUAUCUUAUUCAUGUCAGUACUAAAUAAGCAAUAACAUGCAUUUUGUACGAUCCCUCUUAUUUUGGUAAAAUAAUUUACAUUUCGCAGAUUCUGAACAUGGGGUGUAAACGUUAAUUGCUAAAAAAGUUGGUUGUUCACAGAGUGCUGUAUCCAAGCAUAUUCAUAGAAAGUUGAGUGGAAGGAACAAGUAUGGUAGGAAAAGGUGCACUAGCAAAAGGGAUAAUCGCAGCCUUGAGAGAAUUGUCAGGCAAAAUCCAUUCAAAAAUUUGGGGGAGCUUCAAAAGGAGUGGACUAAGGCUGGAGUCAGUGCAUCAAGAGCCACUACGCACAGACGAAUCCUAGACAUGGGCUACGAAUGUUGCAUUCCUCGUGUCAAGUCACUUCUGAACCAGAGACAACGUCAGAAGCGUCUUACCUGGGCUGUGGAGAAAAAGAACUGGACCGUUGCUCAGUGGUCCAAAGUCCUCUUUUCAGAUGAAAGUAAAUUUUGCAUUUCUUUUGGAAAUCAAGGUCUGGAGUCUGAAGGAAGCCAACGCAGCCAUAUACCAGGAAAUUUUAGAGCACUUCAUGCUUCCUUCUGCUCACAAGCUUUAUGGAGAUGCUGAUUUCAUUUUCCAGCAGGACUUGGCACCUGCCCAUUCUGCCAAAGGUACCAAAUGCUGGUUCAAUGACCAUAGUGUUACUGUGCUUGACUGGCCAGCAAAUUGUAUUGUCUAUGGAUAACCUAUGGAUUAAGUUGUAACAUUUGCGCUUCUGUCACUUUCAUUAUAAUUGUAUGAGAACAGUGCCCAGACAGCAGUCGACUCUGGGGCCAAUCCGUCUUGCUCAGCACUGAAAACACACCUCCUGCUCACGGCCCGCGGAAAAAACCCUGGCGGUUUUGGUGGUCUGACUGACUGCAAGUAUCACAGAUGCCCU